CCACAGCCUCGAGUAUUACUAUUCACGUAAAACCAUGGGAAAUCUAUCUAGCACGCCAAUGAACAUCACGUCAGGAGGGCUAGGACCCUCUAAAGACGAAAUUGCGCUAAAGCCAUGGAAGUAUAUCGGUUAUAGAGGAUAUGCACAGUUCAUAUCAUCCGACAGCGACCUUCUUAUAUUUCGACCGUUCCAGGAGUUGAGUACCCGAAUUGCUCUACGGCUCCAAGAUAAAGUCUCUGCGCUUGAAACGAAGCUUGCAAAACUGGAUGAGUUACAUAGCCAGAGGGAAUCGAUCGAUGUCAACAAUGGAACAUUCAGAGAUGAGACAGAUGACCGUGAUGCCGUCCUAGACGACAUCAAUAUUGCAUUGGACCGUUACCACAAGUUCCUUAUUCGCCAGUCCGAUAUAAAACGAUUGCCACCAGCACAACUACACGAUGUGAGAAACAUCCUAAGGUGGCAUCAACACUACGACCGUUGUGUGAUCGAUGAAGCCGAGCAGGACUAUUUGAACCAAGACGAUCUCAUAUGCUUGGUCAAAAGAGAUAAUCCCCCGUUGCGUCAAUUAAUCGACAAAUCACUCCGCCUGAGAACGUUGUCAAUAUGGCGCGAUAAGUCUCGAGCACCCGAGCAAGGCUUCGAGCAUGUGAGUUACUAUUCAGACAAAAAGAUGAACGCAUUUGUGUCGGGUAUGAUCACAGCUAUUGGCACAUUUAUGUUAAUCGUGCCAAUCUGGAUACUGCAAGCGCUGGAGAACUCGAAGGCCAGGCUGGCCGUAAUAACGAUCUUCAUCUUCGCGUUUCUUGUAGUGCUUUCGUCUGCCAUGGCUACAAAGCCGUUUGAGGCUUUAGGCGCAACAGCAGCAUAUGCGGCUGUUCUGAUGGUAUUCCUACAAUCCGGGCAGAAUUGACCUGGCGGCUUUUGUGAUAAGAUUUUUUCAUCGCGGCUCUUUUCCCUAUCUUGGUUGAUUGGUGUACGGGCCGUAUAGCAAUAGAUUCCUAGUUGUCUAAUGUUGAUUUUUAGAUGUCAAUCGUUUCCGGACUUGUUGGGGUUUUGUUAUGACUAAUUGAACCUGCGACGGAUAUUCUCACGAUAUUUCAAACGCCUUCACCGCAUAGCCACAUCAUGCAGGUCGGCGAAUGCGGGGUUGAAUGUGGCGGUGCGCAUAGCUCUGCGGGCUCCGAGCCAGAAAUGGUCCUGGAAGAUUCAAGGUUUAUACGUGGUGCAAUAUUUACCUAUACUUGGGUAAUAUUUGAGAAGAAUGGAUCUAUUCGUAUGACGAAUAAUCUAACCGUUGAACUAUUCCAUUAGCGUCCCCGAAGAUUUGUCAAAGACCCCUGUUUCGGGGAAGUCGGAGGCGGGAUACUCAAAAUUUCAAGGUAGCACCUGAAGACCGGCGAGAACCGUUAUGCCGGGUUGCUUAGUGAUCGUCUCGGGCUUUCAAGGUUAAGGUUAGUCGCCGUUAGCUUCUUUCCUUUUGUAAUUGAAAUUGAUUUGUUCGUAUGCCCUUCCUUCCUUCC